ACGACAUGGCGCCUGUUGUGAAGUCACCCAAUGAUCCUCGAGAGUACCGUGUUAUCCAUCUUGACAAUGGAUUGACAGCAUUGUUAAUAUCAGAUACAAACUCAGUUACUCGUCGUCAGCAUCAUGACAGUUCCAAAUCAACAACAGAUGAAGAAGAUACUGAAAGUGAGGAUUUGGAAGGGGAGAGUUGUGAUGAUGAUGAUGAUGAUGAUGAUGAUGAUGAUGAGGUUCACGAGGAUGAUGAUGGCAUUGAUGAGGAUGAAAAUGAUGUCACUGAUGGUGUUACUAGUGUGGGUUUGGAUACAGAGGAAGAAAAUGGCAGUGAGAGAUCACGAAAAGCAAAAGACACAAAACUAUCUGCUGCAGCUCUUUGCAUUGGUGCUGGUAGUUUUUCUGAUCCAGAUGACAUGCCAGGAUUGGCCCACUUCCUGGAGCACAUGGUUUUCAUGGGUAGUGAAAAAUAUCCUGAUGAAAAUGCAUUUGAUGCUUUCAUAAAGAAACAUGGAGGAUCAGAUAAUGCUUCAACUGACUGUGAAAUGACCACCUUUAUCUUUGAUGUUAGGAGAAAGUACUUCAGAGAAACUUUAGACAGAUUUGCUCAGUUCUUUAUUUCUCCUCUCCUUAAAGAAGACAGUGUUGAUAGGGAAAUACAAGCUGUAGAAAGUGAAUUUAGAAUGAGUUAUCAGAGUGAUUCUGUCAGGAAAAUGCAGCUUCUUGCUCAGCUGGCUAACCAGCAUCAUCCAUUUGGAAAAUUUCUCUGGGGAAAUGAACAAACACUCAUGAAAAUUCCCAAAGAAAAGAAUUUAGAUGUGAAUGCUUCAUUAAGAGAUUUUCGGAAGAGAAUGUACUCUGCACAAUACAUGACACUGGCUGUAAUUUCUAGAGAAUCUCUUGACAGCCUUGAAAAGAUGGUUAGGGAAUCAUUUUCUGAAAUCCCCAAUAACUCACUGCCAAAGCCAACAUUUCAAGAGUAUACAACCCCAUUUGAUGCAUCCAAAUUUCAUAAACUAUACAAAGUGGUUCCAGUCAAGGAUGUACAUCAUCUUGAAAUCACUUGGGUUCUACCCCCACAACAGAAGUAUUACAGAAUCAAGCCGAUUCAUUAUAUCUCGUGGUUAAUGGGACAUGAAGGGCCUGGUAGCAUUUUAUCACUGCUGAUAAAAAAAUCUUGGGCUUCCAGUUUACUGUGUGGUAAUGGAGAGUCUGGUCAAGAAUAUAACACUAGUUUUGCAUUAUUCCCAUGUUUGAUUAGUCUAACAGAUGAGGGAAUGGAGCAUAUUUAUGAGAUUUUGACAAUUGUGUUUCAAUACGUGGAGAUGUUGAGAAAAAAGGGUCCACAGGAAAGGAUAUAUAAGGAGCUUCAGACAAUUGAAAAUAAUGAGUUCAGAUUUCGAGAACAGUGUGAGCCAUAUGACUAUGUUGAAGAUCUUGUAGAGAACAUGCAGUUGUUUCCAGAGGAAGAUUAUUUAACAGGAGAUCAACUGAUGUGGGAGUUCAAUGAAGAGGUUAUUCAGGAUGUCCAAGACAGGCUUACACCUGAAAAAGCCAAUAUACUGCUCCUAUCAAAGAGGUUCCAAGAUGAGUGCACAGAUUAUGAGCCUUGGUUCCAGACUCCCUAUAACUGUUCUGAUAUUGAUCCAGAGUGGGUUGAAAGCUGGAAAAAUCUUGAAUUAAACCCAGAGCUUCAUUUCCCAGAAGAGAAUAAAUUCAUUGCGACUGAUUUUGAAAUCAAAGAUCUUGAUAGGGCACCAAGCGAGUUCCCUGAACUGGUUCAUGAUUGCCAUCUCGGAAAAGUUUGGCACUCAAAGGAUACGAAAUUCAAAACACCUCGAGCCAGGUUUUAUUUCCAUCUCAUGUCGCCGCUACUAAAUGCCAGCCCUGAGAGCAUGGUUCUUUCUGACGUUUUCUUGUGUGUGCUGGAAUACAACUUGAAAGAAAUCGCUUACGCCGCCGAUGUAGCCCAGUUAGGUUACUCCAUGACAGUCAAUGAAACAGGGAUUGUUCUGAAACUAGAAGGAUUCAGUCACAAGUUACCACUGUUGUUCGAAACAAUAAUUGAUCGCAUUGCAGAUUUUUCUGUCAGCACUCAGACGUUUGAAAUGGUGAAGCGAAAGCUGAUGAGAUCCUAUCGCAACAGUAUCAUCAAACCACAGAAGCUCGUCAGGUCAGUCCGCUUGUCAAUCUUACAGCACGUUAAGUGGACAACUGUAGACAAACGGAGGGUCGUCCCAAAUGUUACGAUAGAAAAACUUCAGCACUUUGUAUCCUGUUUCAAUUCCGAGUUGUUCGUGGAGAGCCUAAUUCAAGGAAACAUAACCUCACAGGAAGCCAUCUCUUUACAGGAACAGCUUUAUAGUAAACUGCAGUUUAUGCCAUUAAUGAAAAGUCUUCAUCCCGAGAUCCGAGUUAUGCAGUUACCUGAAGGUGAAUGCAUCUGCCGUGUGAUAGGAUUUAACAAAGAUGACGACAACACAGUUGUUACAAACUACUACCAGUCUGGUCCCGCAACUGUUGAAGAAUGUACCAUAAUGAACCUUUUGCUGAUGCAAAUGGAGGAGCCAUGCUUCGAUAUACUUCGCACUCAAGAACAACUUGGGUACUCUGUGUUCUGUUCUUGUAGAAACACAUUCGGAGUUCUCGGAUUUUCAGUCACCAUCCAAACACAAGCUGGAAAAUUCAGUGCAGAACAUGUCGAUAGUAGAAUUGAUGCAUUUCUAGAUGAGUUUGGUGAAAUUUUGUGUUCUCUAACAGACGAAGACUUCAAGAGCCAGGUGGAUUCACUUAUCGAACUGAAGGAACACGAGGAUCUUAGUCUGGCAGAUGAAGCUGACAGAAACUGGGUGGAAGUCAUAGAUCAGACGUACAUCUUUAAUAGGAAACGACGUGAAGUUGAAAUUUUAAAGAAUCUUUCCAAAGAAGAACUUUAUCAUUGGUUCUCAUCACACAGAAAAAAUGGUAAUAAAUACAAGAAGCUAAGCGUCCAGAUCAUUGGGUCAGGUCAGUGCGAGGCGCACACAUGCUCAGAUAGCCAUGUAGACGCAGAUAGCGGCCUGGGUAACGAUGAAGAUUGGCAAAUACGGCCACUGACGGUGGACACCUCCGGCACUGCAGUCUUCUGUGUUAAAAACAUUUCAGAUUUCAAAAGGACGAGAGCUGUUUACCCUGUCGUGAAAAUUAAGUGAAGAAAACAGGGCCGCGGGAAUGGGCAACAGGAUAGAAAAAAAAAGAGUGGAAAUCUCGCUGAGAUGAAAUUAGAUAAUCAAGCAGGAAAAAAUGGUCCAAAUAAAUUUUUUUUCUGCGACCAUACAACUGAGUCGGGCUGAACAUGGUCACGCUAUUGUCUGCUGUCGAGAGAAUGCGUGAUUUUAGUUAGGACUCCUUACAGCCUUCUUUGCGCGAUGGCGUAAGGCAUCACUAGCAAACAUUAAGCAACACUCACAAGGAAGAAUAGAAUAACUAUCGUCAGUUAUUUAAACAGUUUUAAAACGAGUGUAGUAAACUCCCAGAAUUCACAUAAAUAUACUUAACCCUUUACCUCCCAUGAGUGACCAAGAAAGAAUUUCUCCUUACAAAAUCAAUACAAUAUCAUGCAUCGAAGUGACGACAAUAAAGUAAAAUAUCAAAUAGGGGAUUUUCAGUUGAUCCAAUAUCAAAUUCUCCAAAUUGACAUUAAAAGAAUUGUAUGUCAGACA